AUACCAAACAGCACAGCCGUACAAGAAUGCACAGACGUGUACAUCGUCCACUCGGCCUUCCCCAACAAAUGAAAUACACUCAACACGGGCUUUCUACAGCGCUCGUUACCGAACAUAUGUUCGUACAUACAUAAAUAUCCUCCCCGUUUUGCAAGGCAUCGCCGGCAUUUGACCGUUAACUGAAAAAAGAGUUCCCUUCGUGUCGCCGCGGGUGAGUCAAAGGUUUCUCCUCUCUCUCUCUCUCUCUCUCUCUCUCACUCUGUGUUCGAGUCGGCCUUGUUUGACCGGGUCGCGUACCCACCUGCAACGACCCAACCCCGUUCUGUUUUCUUCUCUCUUUGCUUUUGGAAAAAAGCGAAAAAGAAUAACAAUGAUUAUAUAAAAACGCGAAGCCCGAAAUACACGCUUGAAAUUUUAUCGGUUGUUAUCUGAGGAGGUCCGGGAAGCUAGUGUUUCAGUCAGUUCAAGUCCGACUACGAGUUCGAGUUCGGGGGUUCCGACUUAGUCCCCGAAGAUGAUGAUCUCUAGGGGGCUGUUCGGUUGGUCCCCACAGCACAUACAGCCAUUGACUCCCGUGUCCGAAGUUUCGGAGCCGCCAGAGUCGCCGUCUCCCUAUAUGGACCAGAGCAUGGACACGGCGGGGCAGCAGCUCGAGCCUGAAGAGGAGAUUGAGGACCCCGAGGAUAUCGAGCUGCCACCCGCCGCCGUCCCCUUCUCACGCCUUUUCGCCUGCGCCGACUAUCUCGACUGGGGCCUCAUGCUUGUCGGCUCACUCGCUGCCGCCGCCCACGGCACUGCCCUUGUCGUUUAUCUUCACUACUUCGCCAAGAUAAUUCACGUUCUCAGGAUCGGCCCCGAUAGACAAGAUGAGCAGUUGGAAAAGUUUAGAGAGCUUACUUUAACAAUCGUGUAUAUUGCUGUGGGCGUUUUCGUUGCUGGUUGGAUUGAGGUUUCAUGCUGGAUACUUACUGGGGAAAGGCAGACUGCUGUCAUCAGGUCACGAUAUGUUCAAGUGUUACUUAACCAAGACAUGAGUUUUUUUGAUACCUAUGGGAACAAUGGGGACAUUGUGAGCCAAGUACUGAGUGAUGUGCUGCUUAUUCAAUCUGCUCUUAGUGAGAAAGUUGGAAAUUAUAUUCACAAUAUGGCUACGUUUUUCAGUGGUGUUGUUCUUGGUUUUGUCAACUGUUGGCAGAUCGCACUAAUAACAUUAGCCACUGGUCCAUUCAUUGUAGCUGCUGGAGGAAUAUCAAAUAUUUUUCUUCACAGGCUUGCUGAGAAUAUCCAAGAUGCAUAUGCUGAAGCAGCUAGCAUUGCUGAACAGGCAGUCUCCUAUAUUAGGACAUUGUAUGCCUUUACAAAUGAAACGUUGGCAAAGUAUUCUUAUGCAGCAUCACUACAAGCAACUCUAAGAUAUGGUAUACUAAUAAGCCUUGUGCAAGGACUUGGUCUCGGAUUUACGUAUGGGCUUGCAAUAUGUUCUUGUGCCUUACAACUGUGGGUUGGAAGAUUCCUGAUUAAACAAGGAAAAGCUCACGGUGGUGAAAUCAUAACGGCCCUAUUUGCUAUAAUUUUAAGUGGCCUGGGGCUGAAUCAAGCUGCAACAAACUUCUAUUCAUUUGAGCAAGGACGAAUUGCUGCCUAUAGACUGUUUGAGAUGAUAAGCAGAUCAUCCUCUACGGUUAAUCAAGAUGGAAUCACCCCGGAUUCAGUUCAUGGAAAUAUCGAGUUUAGGAAUGUAUAUUUCAGCUAUCUGUCUCGUCCCGAAAUCCCUAUUUUGAGUGGGUUUUAUCUUACCGUACCUUCUAAGAAAGCUGUGGCACUUGUUGGCAGAAAUGGCUCCGGAAAAAGCAGUAUUAUCCCACUCAUGGAGCGGUUUUAUGAUCCUACAUUAGGAGAAGUUCUCUUGGAUGGGGAAAAUAUUAGGAACCUGAAAUUGGAAUGGCUAAGAAGCCAAAUAGGUCUAGUAACCCAGGAGCCUGCCUUGCUAAGUUUGAGUAUAAGAGACAAUAUUGCUUACGGACGGGACGCUACCUUAGAUCAAAUUGAAGAAGCUGCUAAAAUAGCGCAUGCACAUACUUUAAUCAGCUCGCUUGAGAAAGGAUAUGAAACACAGGUGGGCAGAGCUGGUUUAGAAUUAACGGAAGAGCAGAAAAUAAAACUGUCUAUUGCUAGAGCAGUACUUCUAAAUCCAUUGAUUCUUCUGCUCGAUGAAGUUACUGGUGGACUUGAUUUUGAAGCUGAAAGAGCUGUUCAGGAGGCUCUAGAUCUCCUCUUGUUGGGACGUUCAACUAUAAUAAUAGCUCGGCGACUUAGUCUUAUAAAAAAUGCUGAUUACAUAGCUGUGAUGGAGGAUGGUCAACUUGUUGAAAUGGGUACGCAUGAUGAAUUAUUGACCCUCGACGGCCUAUAUGCAGAGCUUCUCAAAUCUGAAGAAGCAGCAAAACUUCCUAGAAGGAUGCCAUUGAGAAACUAUAAGGAGACUUCAACUUUCCAAAUUGAAAAGGAUUCUUCAGCAAGUUACAACUUCCAAGAAUCGUCAUCUCCUAAAAUGGUCAAAUCACCCUCUCUCCAGAGAAUUCCUGGCAUAUUCCGUCCCCCAGAUAGCACUUUUAACUCACAGGAUUCACCAAGAGUUGGGAGCCCGCCUCCAGAGAAGAUGCUGGAAAAUGGUCAGCCGAUGGAUGCAACCAAUAAGGAACCAUCAAUAAGAAGGCAGGAUAGCUUUGAAAUGAGAUUACCGGACCUACCCAAGAUUGAUGUUCAGUCUACAAAUCGACAAACGUCAAAUGGUUCAGACCCUGAAUCCCCUGUUUCACCCCUUUUGACAUCUGAUCCCAAAAAUGAACGUUCACAUUCGCAGACUUUUAGCCGACCUCAUUGUCAAUCUGACGAAUUUCCGGUGAAAGCGAAGGAAGCAAAAAAUACACAGCAUCGCAAAGCACCAUCAUUUUUUAGGUUGGCAGAGCUUAGUCUUGCAGAGUGGCUCUAUGCUGUAUUAGGAAGCAUUGGUGCUGCUGUCUUUGGUUCUUUUAAUCCUCUUCUUGCUUAUGUUAUUGCACUGAUAGUGACGGCAUAUUAUACACGGGAUGGUCAUCACUUGCGGCGGGAAGUAGACAGAUGUUGCUUGAUCAUUGCCUGCAUGGGUAUAGUGACAGUUGUUGCCAAUUUUUUGCAGCACUUUUACUUUGGUAUAAUGGGGGAGAAGAUGACUGAGCGAGUUCGUAGAAUGAUGUUCUCAGCAAUGUUGCACAAUGAAGUUGGAUGGUUCGAUGAAGAGGAAAACAGUGCUGAUGCAUUAUCCAUGCAUUUGGCAAAUGAUGCUACAUUUGUGAGAGCAGCUUUUAGCAACCGGCUUUCCAUAUUUAUACAGGACAGUGCUGCUGUUAUUGUGGCUGUUCUUAUUGGGAUGUUGCUACAGUGGCGAUUGGCACUUGUGGCUUUGGCAACCCUUCCGGUUCUCGCUGUUUCUGCCAUUGCACAGAAAUUGUGGCUUGCUGGAUUUUCAAGGGGCAUCCAGGAGAUGCACAGGAAGGCAUCUUUAGUCCUUGAGGAUGCAGUUAGAAACAUAUACACUGUUGUAGCAUUCUGUGCUGGUAACGAGGUAAUGGAGCAGUACAGGUUUCAACGGAAGAAAAUAUUUAAGCGGAGUUUCUUUCAUGGAAUGGCCAUCGGGUUUGCUUUUGGCUUUUCACAGUUUCUUCUUUUUGCCUGUAAUGCGCUUCUCCUCUGGUACACCUCAUACUCUGUUAAACAUCGCUAUAUGGACCUACCCACUGCUAUCAAGGAAUAUAUGGUUUUUUCUUUUGCAACAUUUGCACUGGUGGAGCCUUUUGGAUUGGCUCCAUACAUACUGAAACGACGAAAUUCUCUUAUUUCGGUCUUUGAAAUCAUAGAUCGAGCACCUAAGAUUGACCCAGAUGAUAACUUGGCAUUGAAGCCACCUAAUGUUUAUGGAAGCAUUGAGUUGAAAAAUGUUGAUUUCUGUUACCCUACACGCCCAGAAGUUUUGGUAUUGAGCAAUUUCAGCCUCAAGGUCAAUGGGGGACUAACUGUGGCUGUGGUGGGAAUUUCAGGGUCUGGGAAGAGUGCCAUAAUAUCUCUGAUCGAGAGGUUUUAUGAUCCAGUUGCUGGUCAAGUCCUACUGGAUGGGCGAGAUUUGAAACUUUAUAAUUUGAGAUGGUUGAGGAACCACUUAGGUCUUGUUCAGCAGGAACCAAUUAUCUUUUCGACAACUAUAAAGGAAAAUAUAAUAUAUGCAAGGCACAAUGCUAGUGAAGCGGAGAUGAAAGAGGCUGCUAGGAUAGCAAAUGCUCACCAUUUCAUCAGCAGUUUGCCUCAUGGUUAUGACACACAUGUGGGGAUGAGGGGUGUAGAUCUGACCCCAGGCCAGAAACAGAGGAUUGCAAUUGCUCGGGUAGUGCUAAAGAAUGCACCCAUUUUGUUAAUAGAUGAAGCAAGCUCCUCCAUCGAGUCUGAGUCAAGUCGGGUGGUGCAGGAGGCUCUUGAUACAUUGAUCAUGGGGAACAAAACAACCAUUCUGAUAGCCCAUAGAGCUGCAAUGAUGAGGCAUGUAGACAACAUUGUAGUUCUGAAUGGGGGGCGAAUUGUAGAGGAAGGGACCCAUGAUUCUUUGCUGGCAAAGAAUGGUCUGUAUGUGCGCCUGAUGCAACCUCAUUUUGGGAAGGGUUUGCGUCAGCACCGACUUGUUUAGAAUCAGUUUUGUGAUUGUUUAGGUUUGAUUCAUCUACAGUUCUCACUCUGCUCCUUUUGAAUUACUGGGAUAUCCGUGUGAACCGUCUUAUAAUAAUGGUGGAGUCCAGAAUGGGUGGGGAGAGAAAUGAGACUGAUGAGGCACUUAACAAGUUUAUACUGCGGGGUUAGUUGGUAUAUCCAGUGGCGGCAGUGCUAGUUACAUUGUUCAAAAGUAGGUUUUAUAAAUAGGUUUUUUGAAGUCGGUUAUAUUCUUUUGGAGGCGAGCAUCACUAGGUUGGCAUUGUGCUCCGUCACCGGAUUAUAUUGAUUUGCUUCUCAAGCAGAAAGUGGGUUGGAGUUAAUUCUAGAUUUUUACCGAGGAGUGGUUUUCAUUUUGCAUUUUUAGCAAACUUCUCUCUCUCCCUCCCCCUACCCCCGGCUUCCAUGUUGAAUUUUACUUCUUCCUGUAAGUUUUGACUUCCAUCCUUGGAAAAUGUAGAAAGAAGUUAAAAGAGGUGCAAGAAGUUGUAAUCUUUGUAAAUAGAUACUCGUAAUUUACAAGCUAUUCAGUUUUGCCGGUUUGAUCCCA